CGCGGCUGAUUGGGGAGUGGUUUUGACAGCAUAAUAAGAUAUAACGACAGUAAAAUUGAUGACAACAACGGCCUCAACUAUGACGACAUCCACAACGCAGUUGGCGAUGGAGGCGGUGUCCAUGCAGGAUGCUGUUGCUGCUGCCAUUCUUGGAGAGGAGGGGGCCGCGCUGGAGAUGGUGCGAAUGUAUAGGCAACAGAUGGAGGACAUCUACGCGGUGCUUAUUCAUCAUCAACAAAAUCUAUCAGCGGACCUUCUGGAGGAGGGUGAGGAGCUGUUCAGUGGUUGGGAGGAGGAGCUCCGGGAAAACCUUCCUUUCCAACGGUUGGGUGCCAUCGAAAAAGCACUGGUGAUGGAGGAGUUGGGGGGUUGUACUGAAGUAUUGGGGAAAGUGAAGGGAAUCUUCGUCGAACUUUGGGAACGGCUGCGGGGCGCGGGACCUGGGGAGGGGCAGGUGCUGCGUUUGUCGCCGGAUUAUUUGUAUGAAGCAGAUCACACUUCCAUCCCGGCUGCUUUCCGUAUUGAGGAGGUGGUGAUUCGUCGUGGGAAGCCUGAGGAGGGGCAGGGAACUGGCGGCAAACUGGAGGAGUGUUUGUUUGCGGGCGACGAGGAUUGCAUUCGGUCGGAGGAGGGGGCUAUUGUCAUGUGUGAGAAGCGUAAUAACAACAACAGCAACAACAACAACAACAACGACAACAACAACAACAACAACAACAACAACAACAACAACAACAACAACAACAACGACAGCGUCUUCAAUUCCAAUGAUAUCGACGACGAGUUUACGCUGUGUGUGGCGCAGGGUGAUGCUAAUUUCAUACGCAGCAACCACAGUAACAACAGUACAGACAAAAGUCAUGUCAACAAUGAUGAUGAUAACGUAUGUACGGACAAAAACGACGACAACAGUGAUUGUGUAGGUGUAGUUCUCACUGAUGGGAACUACAUCAUCAGGUACAACGGUAAUAACCGUGAUAACAAUAAUAACAAUACCAUAGUUGCCGCUACCAGGAUUGGGAACGCCAUCGAUUGCGAUGAUUAUCAUUGCAAUCACCGUGUUGACACCGGCAAAAUAGCUGGCGACAACAUAUAUGACAAGAUUCGGUGGUCUUUCUCCUCCACCCAGUCUUCUCCUUCCAUCCCGUCUUCUCUUCUGUAUGCCGUGGGGGAAGAUUGGGGUCAGGGGCGAGAGGGUUGGGCGAUUGGGAUGUGCGCUGAACAGGAAGAGGGCGCAGGAAUGUGGGGGGAGGGUUGGUGGCGGGAAGGGGUAGGAUAGGUACGGCUCUUAUCUCCCCGCUUAAAACGCGUUCACAAACUUU